UGGGGCCUCUGUGUGGAGAUGAAAACACUGAGCAUUUCUCUUCAAGUUGCUGGAGUGAGAAGAACAAAUUAGAUUAUUAAUGAUCAUGUGGUAGUAUGAGCCGACAGUCUAUUUAGUUUCACUGUUAAAACAAAUGUGGUUUUGAAUGAUGUGGGCUUUUCCUCUUUUUAUUUGUUUGGCAAAGAAUAUUCAUGACGGAUAUCAAUGAAGACCACGUCGGUGAUUCAGCCUCCAAAGCUGCCCCCUGCAUGCUAAAAGGCAGAAAAGGACAUUUAAGUGGUUGAGAGUGAGAAGAGAGCCUGGAAGCCAAAUUAUAAACUCAUUUCAACUCCUGGCCCCGCAGGCUCCGGAGGGUAACAUUAUUUGUUGUCAAGGAUGGAAACAACUCAGAUUCGGGUCCAAGUGAUUAUUCGAUCUUGGCAUUGCUGCCGUUCUGCCAACUGCAAUUCCAUUUCAACACAGAUUAAUUCGCCAGGCAGGGACGGAAGUGGCUUUUAGGAGAGGCGUUGCCGUGGGGCCCCGGCUGGCCCACUUGCAGGAAAGUGGUGAGAGUGUGUGGACACGGAUGGCUUCCCAACUUCUACGGUGACGCUCCUCACACUUGUACUGACUGAGUGUCAAUGCCGCAGAGAAAACCUUCAAAUGUAACGGGAGGGGGGAACAAACACGUGACAGCCCCGCUCUAGCACCAGGAGGCCAACGCAGCGGAGCAGGGGGACUAGUUAGUGGUCGCAGACCUCAGCAGCUUAUCAGUCUUUUCUUUGUCCUCGUAUAACCACCCUGGGCCUUUUUUAAUUCCUGCGUGUGAAAAGGGAACCAUAUAGUAUUUUUUAUUUUUUGCUAUGACUUAAAUCAUAAAGACAAAUGAGAUGAAAUCACAAACUCGGGAAAGACGACUCUGCGUGAGAGUUGAAGAUUCCUUUCCAUUUCAAGGAGAGAAGUCAAGAUAUUAUUACCCAGUGAAAAAAUGAUGUAGUUUCCUCGUAACCUUCUUUUCCUAUACUUCAGGUUCCCUCUGGAAGGCUAUGAUGGGAAUGAGCGUGACAACUUGGACGGUUCCCCUGGCUCGUUGCCUCUGCCUGGAAGUUCAUCCUUUAGAAGUCAGGAGCCUGCUGCCCUUGGUGGUGGACUCCCAGGAACAAGACGCUGUGUAGACCGAAAUGGAUGAGAGCAGCUCGGGGACCCCCGGACGUGUGCUCCCUGUGGUCUAGUCCAGGGACGCCCCUCACAGGCCGGGUGGUCUGGGAUGAACGCCGUGGCUGCUGGACGCGUGGCUGAUCCCUGAGCGAGGAUGGUGCGCCGGGGGCUGCUCACCUGGGUCUCCCGGGUUGUGGUCUUGCUUGUGCUCCUCUGCUGCGUCGUCUCUGUCCUCUACAUGCUGGCCUGCACGCCAAGGGGUGACGAGGAGCAGCUGGGGCUGCCCCGGGCCAACGGCCCCACGGGGAAGGACGGGUACCAGGCGGCAAUGCAGGAGUGGGAAGAACGUCACCGCGACUACAUCAGCAGCCUCCAGAGGCAGAUCACACAGCUCCAGGAGGAGCUGCGGGAGAGGAGCGAGCAGCUCAGGACCGCGCAGCGUCUGACGGGGGACCCCGCGGGCCCCCCCGGGAGGGCCCAGGCCGACCUGCUGGCCUUCCUGCGCUCCCAGGUGGACAGGGCGGAGGUGCACACCGGCGUCAAGCAGGCCACCGAGUAUGCCGCUGUGCCCUUUGACAGCUUCACCCUGCACAAAGUGUACCAGCUGGAGACGGGCCUGACCCGCCACCCCGAGGAGAAGCCCGUGCGCAAGGACAAGCGGGAUGAGCUGGUGGAGGUCAUCCAGCUGGCCGUGGAGGCCCUGAACAGCCCGGCCGAGAGCAGCCCCGACCAGCGUCCUUACACGGCCUCGGACUUCAUCGAAGAUUUGCUGCAGACCCUGUUGCUUCCGGGAACGUCAUGGCCGGGGCCACCGUUGGGCCGCUUGCCAUCCAGUGGGCUUGCCCCGUCCUCAUCUUACUUGACCUUGACGCAGCAGCGGGCGCUGAGCUGCCCUGGCCCACCUCUUGGCAAACACCCAGUCUCCAGUUCUGGUGAAAUAUCGUCUGUCAGCGUGUCCACACCCUCAGCAGGUGGAGACGCCCUCCUUUCUGCUCCUUGCACCGUGGGCAGACUCUCAGGCAUCUACCGCACAGAAAAGGAUAAAGGCACUUUGUACGAGCUCACGUUCAGAGGAGACCACAAGCACGAGUUCAGACGCCUUGUCUUGUUCCGACCGUUUGGCCCCAUCAUGAAGGUGAAGAAGGAGGAUUUGAACAUGGCCGGCACGCUGGUCAAUGUCAUCGUCCCACUGGCCAGGAGGGUGGACAAGUUCCGGCAGUUCAUGCAGAAUUUCAGGGAGAUGUGCAUCCAGCAGGAUGGGAGAGUUCAUCUCACCGUCGUUUACUUUGGAAAAGAAGAAAUGAAUGAGGUCAAGGGAAUACUUGAAAACACUUCCAAAGCCGCCAACUUCAGGAACUUCACCUUCAUCCAGCUGAAUGGGGAGUUCUCUCGGGGAAAGGGGCUGGACGUGGGUGCCCGCUCCUGGACGGGGCGCAACGUGCUGCUCUUCUUCUGCGACGUGGACAUCUACUUCACCUCCGAGCUCCUCAACACCUGCAGGCUGAACACGCAGCCAGGGAAGAAGGUAUUUUAUCCGGUCCUUUUCAGUCAGUACAAUCCUGGCAUAAUAUACGGCCAUCAUGACUCGAUCCCUCCCUUAGAAAAGCAGCUGGUCAUAAAGAAGGAAACUGGGUUCUGGAGAGACUUCGGGUUCGGGAUGACGUGCCAGUACCGGUCCGACUUCAUCAACAUAGGUGGGUUCGACCUGGACAUCAAAGGCUGGGGUGGCGAGGACGUGCACCUUUACCGCAAGUACCUGCACAGCAACCUCAUCGUGGUGCGGACGCCCGUGCGGGGCCUCUUCCACCUCUGGCAUGAGAAGCGCUGCGUAGACGAGCUGACGCCCGAGCAGUACAAGAUGUGCAUGCAGUCCAAGGCCAUGAACGAGGCGUCCCACGGGCAGCUGGGGAUGCUGGUCUUCAGGCACGAGAUAGAGGCCCACCUCCGCAAACAGAAACAGGAGACAAGGAGCCAGAAAACAUGAGCUCCCGGGGGCCCAUGUGGCGAGACGGUUUAUUUUUUUCCUUUUGCAAUUACCAAAUGAAUGGCUGCAACAAGGAAAAGAUUGCCCUGAAGAGCAAGAAAAGAAUUUGACUGAUGAAAAGAAUUUGAUGAGUAAAGCAGGCGAGGGGAGAGCCUCCCGUUUCCCUCUGCCUGUUUAGCUUCUGCAACAGGAGCUGAAACCCCUCAACCUGGCUUGCAAAAACAGCCCAAACGCACCCGUCCGGUGUCUGACAAAGGCGGCCUGAUCGUGAAAUUGUGAGCCUAAUGGUGUGUUUACAGCAAAGCAAGAGCUGUUUGUUUUCUAUGCUUACUGAAAUAUUCAUGAACAAAGACCAGUUUUGUAAAAAGUUCAUUAGAAUGGAAGGCCAGCACAUCCCUCCCCAUCUGAGUGAUUAUCAGCAGGGCUGUAGUGUCUGGGAUGCUGAAAUGUCAGGAGGCCGGUGAGGAGAGACCGUGUGAAAUUCAAAGAUACGCUCAUCGUGAUCUUUGUGAAUAUAUCAAGCAAAACCAAAUGGACUAAAAAUGAAAAAGAACCCAUAGCUAUUGUAUCAUCUCUGCCCAAGAUUAACCAAAAAUAACCUGCUCAUCCAUAUUUUUGGUUGUAGUUUUAACAAUCUGUUAAUUUUAUUUAAAAUGCACUUUUUUGGCUUAUGAGUUAUAUUCUGCUUAUUUAAUUACCAGUUCGCAAGCCUUACUAAGAGAGCAUAAGUAGCUACAUUUUUACAUUUUUUUGAGAAGAUACUUUUAGCUGCAUUAUGAGAACUUUCAGUUCAGAGCAUGGGAUUGUUACCCACAUCCGAGGACGUGGCAGUGCCCUGCGGGCACUGGACGGCAGACGGUCACCGUGGGGAAGGCAUGGCCUGGGGCUGCUGACCGAACGAGACACACGGAUACUUUAUCUGAAGAGUAUUUCCGGAGAGGAGCAACUGAACACUGGAGGGAAAGGAAAAUGUACUUUUUACCUUAACAGAAAAGGAAACAUUCAGACUGGUGAUAGAAGUCAGAAAACACAUUUUCUCCUCAGGGGAACUGGGGACCACUUUCUUACCUGUUUAAAUAAACCAAAGCUGACUGUGUGAACCAAACAUUCUCUUUUCCAAGCAGGGUGCUGUUCCUGGCUUCUGGCUUCCACGAGAAGAAACGCAGGAAAAUGUCUUUUGUGAAAGGUCGCUCCAUCUGCCG